UUCGGGACUUUCUUUCCUUUCUUGCAGUCCUCUGCAAAGGCUUUCUUGGGUACACCUAAGUGCUACUUUCGCCCCAGACGCCAGGAGAACUAAGGAUGGGGGAAGUCAGAAAGUUGGGAACUCUGAUGCUUCUCAGUCAAGUCCUUCUAAAUUAUUGUGCUGCAUACAACAUUGGUCUCCUGGAAGCAAAAAUAUUCAAAGGUCCUUCAAGUGAGCAAUUGGGAUAUGCGGUACAGCAGUUUGUAAAUACCCAUGGCAACUGGUUGCUUGUUGGCUCACCAUGGAGUGGUUUCCCAGAAAACAGAAUGGGAGAUAUAUACAAAUGUCCUGUCAACUUACCCAGCACCAUGUGUGAAAAAUUGGAUUUACAAACUGUAACGAGCAUUCCAAAUGUUACUGAGAUAAAAACAAAUAUGAGCCUUGGCUUGACACUUACACGGAACUUGGAAACUGGAGGGUUUCUGACAUGUGGACCCCUGUGGGCCCAGCAGUGUGGAAAUCAAUAUUAUGCUACUGGAAUCUGUUCUGAUGUCAGUCCCACUUUCAAGCUCCUCAGCAGCUUUUCGCCUGCAGUUCAAGCCUGCCCAUCCUUCAUUGAUGUUGUGGUUGUAUGUGAUGAAUCAAACAGCAUUUAUCCUUGGAGUGCAGUAAAGAAUUUUUUGGUCAAAUUCGUGCAAGGCCUGGAUAUAGGUCCUGACAAGACUCAGGUUGGAUUAAUUCAAUAUGGAAAUUAUCCACGAGUUGUGUUCAAUAUGAGUACUUUUAAAACAAAAGAAGAAAUGGUUAAAGCAACAUCCCAACAACCCACAUGGUGAGAUCUCACUAAUACUUUCAAAGCAAUUCAAUUUGCCAGGUAGGAAAUUGCCUAUUCUGAAGCUUCUGGUGGACGACCCAGUGCUACUAAAGUUAUGGUAGUCGUGACAGAUGGUGAAUCUCAUGAUGGCUCAAUGCUGAAAACAGUGAUUGGUCAAUGCAAUGAGGACAACAUACUUAGAUUUGGCAUUGCAGUUCUUGGAUACUUAAAUAGAAAUGCACUCGACACAAAAAAUUUAAUAAAAGAAAUCAAAGCAAUUGCCAGUACUCCAACAGAGAGAUAUUUUUUUAAUGUUUCUGAUGAAGAUGCACUCUUGGAAAAGGCUGGGACAUUGGGAGAGCGUAUUUUCAGCAUUGAAGGUACUGUUCAAGGAGGUGAUAACUUUCAGAUGGAAAUGUCACAAGUGGGGUUCAGUGCAGAUUAUUCUGCUCAAAAUGGUGUUCUGACACUUGGGCAGUUGGGGCAUAUGCCCUGGGAGUGGAACAGUGUCGAGAAGACAGCCAAUGGAUAUUCCAUCCUCCCUAGACAAGCUUUUGAAAAAGUGCUGCAAGAUAGAAAUCACAGUUCAUAUUUAGGAUAUUCUGUUGCAGCUAUUUCUACUGAGAACAGUGUCCAUUUUGUUACUGGUGCUCCCCGAGCAAAUUAUACUGGCCAGAUAGUGGUGUAUAGUGUUAAUGAUAAUGGUAAUGCCACCAUCAUUCAAUCUCACAGAGGUGACCAGAUUGGCUCCUACUUUGGCAGUGUGGUGUGUUCAGUCGACGUAAAUAGAGAUACUAUUACAGAUGUGCUUUUGGUGGGAGCACCAAUGUUCAUGAAUGACCUAAAGAAAGAGGAAGGAAAGGUCUACCUGUUUACUAUCACAAAGGGAAUUUUGAAUCAACAUCAAUUCCUUGAAGGCCCUCUAGGUUUGGAAAAUGCCCGGUUUGGCUCAGCUAUUGCUGCUCUCUCAGACAUUAAUUUGGAUGGCUUUAAUGAUGUUAUAGUGGGUUCACCCCUUGAAAAUGAGAACUCUGGAGCUGUUUACAUUUACAACGGACAUAGGGGGACUAUACGAACAAAAUACUCUCAGAAAAUCUUAGGGUCAGAUCCUGCUUUUAGGAAUCAACUCCAGUAUUUUGGAAGAGCAUUAGAUGGCUAUGAAGAUCUGAAUGGAGACUCAAUCACUGACAUAUCCAUUGGUGCAUUUGGACAAGUUGUUCAACUCUGGUCACAGAGUAUUGCUGAUGUCUCCGUAGAAGCUUCAUUUACCCCUGAUAAGAUCAAUUUGUUAAACAAGAAUGCUGAAAUAACCCUCAGGUUGUGCUUCAGUGCAAAAUUCAGACCUACCACAGAAAACAAUCAAGUGGAUAUUACCUACCAUAUAACACUUGAUGCUGAUCGAUUUUCCUCUAGAAUAACUUCUAGGGAAUUGUUUAGAAACAAUGAAAGAUACUUUAAGAAAAAUGUGAUGGUAUAUCUUGGCACAGACCUUGUUCAGAGCAACAUAAUCAAUAUACAGGAACCUUCUGAUGUUGUCAACUCCUUAAAUGUCCGGGUGGAUAUCAGUUUGGCAAAGCCCGGGACGAGUCCAGCUCUUGAAGAGUAUUCUGAGACUUCAAAGGACUUCAGUAUACCUUUUUUAAAAGAGUGUGGGGAUGAUGGAGUCUGCAUCUCUGAUCUUGUCCUUGAAGUUCAACAGAAAACAGAUACUCAAAAACAGCCAUAUAUUGUCAGCAACCAAAACAGAAGGUUAACAUUUGCAGUGACACUGAAAAACAAAGGGGAAAGUGCUUAUAACACCAGAAUUGUAGCUGCUUUUUCAGAAAACUUGUUUUUUGCCUCAUCCUCUUUAUCGGUUGAUGGAACUGAAGUUUCAUGUCAGCUGGAUAUUUCGAAAAAGGUUCUCACCUGUCAUGUUGGCUAUCCUUCUGUCAAGAGUCACCAGCAGGUGUCUUUUAAUAUAAACUUCGACUUUAAUUUCCAAAAUCUUCAGAACCUGGCACUUGUCAGUUUCAAAGCUUUAAGUGAGAGUCAAGAAGAAAACGAGGCAGACAAUACAGUUAACUUCAAAAUUCCCUUGCUGUAUGAUGCAGAAAUCCAUUUAACAAGGUCUACCAAUAUCAAUUUUUAUGAAGUCUUUUCUCAUGGCAAUGUUUCCUCCACUGUGAAGACUUUUGAUGAAAUUGGCCCCAUGUUCAGUUUUUCACUUAAGGUCACAACAGGAAACAUUCCAGUAUCCAUGGUUUCUGUAAUCAUCUCCAUUCCUCAGUAUACCAAGGAAAAUAAUGCAUUGAUGUACUUGACAGGAGUGCACGUAGCCCAGGACAGUGAUAUAAUAUGUACUGCAGAAAUAAAUCCACUAAAAAUAGGAGAAACUCCUCACGCAGUGUCUUUUAAGAAAGAAAAUUUCCGAGAUAUUAAAGAAUUGAACUGCAAAACUGCAUCGUGUAGUCAAGUCACCUGCCAUUUGAGAGAACUCAGAAUGAAAGAAGAAUACUUUGUGAAUGUGUCUACCAGAAUCUGGAAUGGGACUUUUGCAGCGUCACCUUUCCAGACAAUUCAGCUGGUAGCAACUGCAAAAGUGGACACAUUUGACCCACAAAUAUAUAUAAUUGAAGAAAACACUGUGAUGAUUCCAGUUACAAUAAUGAAGCCUGAUGAAAAAGCUGAAAUACCAAUAGGAGUUAUCAUUGGAAGUAUAAUUGCUGGGCUUCUCUUGCUGUUAGCCCUAACUACUAUCUUGUGGAAGCUUGGUUUUUUCAAGAGGAAAUAUGAGAAAAUGGCCAAAAAUCCAGAUGAGAUUGAUGAGACUACAGACCUAAACAGCUGAAGCCUUCCAGCACAGUUGUAACUGGAAAUCCUUUGAAUGACUGUUUUCAAAUGUCAAAAACUCUUUUUUGGGGGCAGCUAGGUGGUGCAGUGGAUAGAGCACCGGCCCUGGAGUCAGGAGGACCUGAAUUCAAAUGUGGCCUCAGACACAACAUUUACUAGCUGUGUGACCUUAGGCAAGUCACUUAACCCCAAUUGCCUCACUAAAAAAAACAAAACAAAACAAAACAAAACCCUCUUUUUUUAUAAGUUUUCCGGUGAAGUAACUUUACCAAAUUUUAAGAGAAGCUGCUGGCCAGUUUGGGAAUAGAAAAUUCCUUUUGUGUGUAUGGGGAAACUUGCUACUUUGAAAGUUAGGGUUUUUAUAUAUAAGAAAAUAAGAUAGUUUUUAAACUGGCUGGGCCAGAGUUUAUAUUGACAGAAUACAUUGUGCCAGAAAUUUUAAGUAUUUCCUAGCCCACAAGUUACUAACACAAAAUGCAGCCGUAUUUUCAGAAGUUUACUGGAAAAUAAAGUGUCCUGAAGUUAUUGCUUGCCUUCUUUGUAGAAGGGAAGAUAGAAGAGCUUUUAACAUCAGGACAGUUAUUCUGUAUCUCUUCAAUCUGAACAAAUAUGCAAAUGAGAUGAGACAUAGCUAUCUAUAGCCAAAGGCUUUCUGAGUGGCACAGCUAGGGAAUUGUGAAGAUGAAGUUCUUCCUGGAUACCAUGGGAACUGUGCAAAAGAAGAAUAGUUCUGGAGUUGGAGAAAACUUGGAUUCAAAGCCCUUCUAUGUAUGAUGUUUACUACUGGUGUGACUGAUUAAAUCAUGAACCCCCCUGAGCCUCCAUUUCCUAAGCUGUCAAAUAAGAGAGCUGGUCUGCAUCCCAGCUUCUUAAACUGUGGGUCGUGACCCUAUAUGGGGUGGCAUAACCGAAUGUGGGCGUUGUGAAAAAUUUGGCAGUAAAUGUGAGUUGUGUCCCAAUGUUAUAUACCUAUAUAACCAGAGUUGCAUAAAAAUUUCUCAGGCGAAAAGGAGUU